AAUCCUCGUGCUAGCAACUCUCCGCGACGACGGAAACUUGGUAUUGAGCAACGACGGCGUGAAUUCGAAAACCCCACUUUGGCAAAGCGUCGAACACCCAACAGACACAUUUCUGCCGGGUUCCAAGUUCGGAUACAACAAGCGCACCAAAACCGGACAAGUCCUGACGUCGUGAAAAAAAAACUCCCGACGAUCCAUCACCCGGGCUCUAUUCUUUCACCAACGACGGCAACACGGCCUUCCAAUUGUGGAACGGCACAGAGGAAUACUGGAACAGCGGGCCCAAAUUCGGAUUGGGGAUUUCACUCACGUUGAAGCCGAGUCCCGCCUUCAAUUUCAGCAUCGUCGACAACGAGAACGAGACCUACUUCACUUACUCUGUAAUUGAAUCGGUGAUAUCGAGAGGGAUACUGGACGUAAACGGACAACAGAAGUCGCUAACGUGGUUGGAGGCUACAAACGAGUGGGCGGCGAUCCAUCUUGUUCCGGCGCAACAAUGCGACGUUUACGCGUAUUGCGGCCCAUUCAGCAUCUGCAGCAAUGAAAACUCAUCGCCGGCGGUUUUCGCUUGUUUGUAUGGCUUCUCAGAGAAACAGAAGGGUUUGAAUGAAUUCUUCCCAGGCUGUGUAAGGAAGAGCAGAUUGAGGUGUGAGGAAAUGGAGGAAAGGUUCAAAAUGUAUACAAAUAUGGGAUUGCCAAGACAUCCUCAGAACACUACAGCCGGGAGUGAAGCAGAAUGCGAGUCCAUUUGUCAGAAAAAUUGCUCUUGUACCGCUUAUGCUUACACCAAUUAUUGUUCCAUUUGGGUAGGAGAACUUUUUGACCUGAAACAGCUUGGGAAAGACGACAUCAAUGGAAGCACGAUUUACGUCAGACUUACCCCUUCUGAAUUCCCAAAUAUCCAAGAUAACUCACACCACUUGUCAGGAAAGCUCAAAGUUAUCAUUCCUAGUAUAGCAGUUGCCGCAGCAGCUCUAAUUGCUUGCGCUAUUUUCUGCAUCUGUUUUAAAAGGAUGAGAACAGCAUUGAAAACAACAGAACAUGCAGUGGAAGCAAUGGAUCAAGUGAUAGAUGAAGAUACUGAUGAGAAUGGCGGCAUUGGUGUUCAGUUCUUUACUCUCCAAAGCAUAUUGGAAGCUACAAACAACUUUUCCAAUGCAAAUAAGCUUGGAAAAGGAGGUUUUGGUCCGGUUUAUAAGGUUAUCAAUCAAUUAUUCCGUAUUUCUUUAGCUAGCUAA